UUCCAAACGAUACGGGAGACAGAGCGCGCGUUACCGCUCGUCCGCGCUAUGGUGGGGGGACAUCCCUUCAGUUCUCAACCCCGGUCCGUACGUUACGUUUGAUUUUCGGUCGGUGCGUUCAGUGUGUCUAGUGUACGGUCCUACACGCGUGCGCGAGAACUAUUCCGACACGGCGCGCGACACGAAUCCGCGUUAUUCCUUGAUAAUUGUUUAUAAUUGUUUUUAUUUAUUUAUUUAUUCUCGCCAUUUCCGAUCGUGCUCCUUCUGGUGGAGUGAAUUUUCAACCGUUGUUCAUUUCUCCACAAUGAGCCCAAAAUCGUCGAAGAAAAUGUCACUGAUUCCCGGGAAAAUCAAGAUCCUGGACAACUCGCUCCGCGAGUACAACCGAACCGUGUUGCGCAGAAGCCGAAUGCAUUUAUACACCAAAAAGAAUAUUGAUACUGUAGCAUUGAAAGCUGUCAUGAAAAGGCCUAUAGUUAUUUUGCCAAAUUUAACUCAAGAAGAUAUUGAUCAGUAUAAAUUGGAUUUUAAUGAUGAAAAAUUUAGUGUAAAUAAGAAACAUUUGAUUGAGCAAAAUGAUAAAAAUACUAAAACAGCUAAAUUGGAAGAUGAAAAACAACCUGUAGUUUUAAAAUUAGUUCUAUCUAGAGAAGGCGAGACUGACAAAUUUAAAUCAAAAUUUAAGUCUUCUUUAAAUAUUGAAAAUGAUAAUGUCUCUACUAGUAAAAAUGUAAUUAGUACUUCAGAAAGAACCAAUGCGAAGUGUGAUGAUGUUAAUCCCAAAAAUUCUUUGAUUGGCAAGAUUAGAGUUCGGGAUCCAUCUACUAUGAUUGAUGAAGCUUUGAUAGAAAGGUAUAAUUAUUUAUUUUUAGACAAAAAGAUGCCAAAAGUUCAACGUACUGGCACUAAAAGAAUGGUAAUUCCAAAUAAUUAUUCUUCUAAUUCAUAUCCGACAGUAAGGGGAAAUUUAUCACUAAUUGAAAUUGAAGAACUUUAUAAGAAAUAUUUUUCCAAAUUUGUUCAAGAUACAAUUGUUAUUAUAGCAAAUAUUUUAAAUGUAAUAUCAUUGUCCAAUAAACACCACAAAUCAAGAAUGGAUGAAUCAUUUAAAAAGAGAAGUGAAGCUGAAAAACUUAAAGAAAGAUGUGAUGCAAAUAGAAUACAUACACGCCAUAAAAAAAUUCUUGAAUCAAAAUUAAAGGAUCAUUUUAAUGUUGUAAUAACAUCCUUUUCCAUUGAAGAAUUUGAACCUGCUUUUCAAAUGUUUUUCUUAAGUAUUUUAACAGUACUGAGAGUAUUGGAUCAACCGAAAUUCAAAAAAGGUAGCAUUUUCAAAAAUUUAGUACUUUUACUUUGGAAUAGUUUAAAGAGCUCAGACUUUCAACACCCCAGAAUAUUUACUAUGUUCAGGUCUAAGUCCUUCCGCCCAGACUGCAUUGAUUUAAUUAGCUUAAUUGAAGAUACUCGAGAUAGUGAUCCAUCAAUAACCGAUCGAAUGGCAUUAUUUUUUGUUUCUUCAGUAAGCAGUAGAGAUUGUUUUCGAGGAGUUAUUAAUGCUGUUACUGGUGAAUCUUCUGAAGAUCUAGGGAUAUUAAUAGAAAAUGCUGCUGAACAGUUAAGAGCUAGUUCAAAAUUUAAAGAACCCAAACAUUUUCCUUCUUCAUCUUCAAAACUACUUUCUCCAAAGGGAAAGGGAAAUACUAACGUUGAAUCACAAAUAUUAUCCGAGGUCAAUUUUUCUACUGGCAAUAAUCCAAUUCCUCAACAUUGGGUGAUAUCUAAAGGUCCUCAUGGAAUAUAUCAACCUAUAACUCUUGUGAACAAAACUCAAAAAGCUAUUUUUAAAACUUCAGAACCAACCAAUAAACCUCUGAAUGCAUUUUAUGAAACUUUUUCUAAUUCUUUAAUUACAAAACCUUCCGAGUCCAUUGAUCCCAAAGUAACAAUUGCACCAAAAGUAAACAUUGUUACUACAACUUCAUUGAACAAUGGUCCUCCAAGAGGAACAUCUUCAAUUUUAACAUAUAGUAAUCAUGGUAUCAAAGCUCUUUCUGCUACUAUUCCAAGACCUGAAUGCAGUACCAUUUACCUUAGUAGUACAAAAUACCAGGUGCUAAGAGCUGCUGCAAGACCACAUCAAAAUUCAAAUAACAAUAUAAUAUUGAAAUCUCAACAAAAAACUGUAGACGUUGCUUCCAAGUGUUAUGCAGAAAAUUGUGAACUUCCAGCUACAAUCAUGUGUAGUACCUGCAAAUCAGUAAAAUAUUGUUCUCAUGACUGCCAAAGGUUGGAUUGGUACGCAUCACAUAUACACCAGUGUGAACAACUUAGAAAAAUACUUAAUUCACUUAAUCCACAUUAAUUUUAAAUUUAAUAUAUAUAUAUAUAUA